AUGCCUUCACGUACUAGAAUCGUCAGUGAACCGAUAGUGAUAACUGAAAAACCAAUCGCUAGCCAAUUUAUACCAGCGUGGGCUACAAAUAGACCUCCAAGUCACGUUCAUUCUCAGCGAAAUCGAUCAUCGCAAAUUCCUAUACCUGAGAUACCUGAAUCACCUUUACAUCCUCAUUCGACUUCUUCUAUUCCUAAAACCACUCGUACAAAUUCUGAUCGACGCCAUCAUAAAGCAGCCGCUUCUAUCUCUGGUAGAAUUUCCUAUAGUCUUCCACCUAUUUCUCAAACUAUGGCUCAAGAGAAAAGUACCAAGUCGGGAUAUUGGCUUUCUAUAUGGAAUUCAGAAGAUAAACCGGAAAAAUUUAAUUUCAUCUCUCUUGAAAGUUGUCUUAAAGACUUGAAAAAGAACUUGAAAAAGCAUGGAAUUUCCAACGAAAGUGUCAGCAGAUUGAGAGAUUUACAUGCUAAACUAUCUGGUCAACUGAGAGAUUCUUUGGGAGGUUUGGAGAAGUUUGGAAUUGAUAGUGAAGGAAUAAAUUUAUUACAAGAACUGUUGUCAGAAAGUUUAGGUGUCGAAAGUUCUAAUCCUCAAGAUAUAAGUGAAACUCGAAAUUUGUUUCUUUAUCAGAUCACACGAUGUUUAAGGGACAUUGUUAACAUUCCAAUCGGAUUAAACAUGUUUUUGGAUCAUCCUACUUUGAUACACACCCUUGCUCGGACACUCUUGAGUUCAUCGUGCAAAGCAAGAACUCAAGCUGCAGAUAUCCUCACAGGACUUUGUUUGUUAGAAGCUCAACCUCAAGUUAUAAACAGUCUCAUAAACAUGAAUAACGGAAACCCAAAUUUAUCUCGUUAUAAAGCUCUGAAUAAAAGUUUUAAUACUCAAUUUGACGAAGAUGAACUAGGUUUAACAGAAAUAGAUGGGAUGAAUUCACUUUGGAUCUAUAGAACUGCUACCUUAGCAUUGUGUAAUGCGAUUGUCAAUUCGUUUCAUGACCUAUCAGAUCGGAUGGAGUUCAGAGAAUUUAUCUAUGAAGAUGGUUUAACUGAAGUACUCAUUAGAUUAGAUAAUCUUGGUACACCUCAAUCAUUUGAUUCUCAACUUCGACUUUGGAUUGAAUCCCGAGAGAAUGAUAAAUUAUAUGAAGCUCGUUUAUUAAUUCAUGAAGCAAACAAUCAGACUCCUUCAAAAGAUGAUGAUGUAUUCUUGACACCUGUCAAGGAUUCUAGAAGUGAAUCAGCGAGCUCAAAACUAACUCGUGACAUUAGAAACAUCAAUAUUGAAAAUGAAGAUUGGCAAAGAUUGAUUGACAAAGUUUGGAAUGGAUUUAGAAAAAUCAACAAUAAAGAUCAAGAAGACAAGGUUAAAAAUUGGCUAUAUGGAUUAAACCUGAUACUGAAUGGAGGAGAUGGUUUAACAGAGUUGAAAAGAUCUAGAGAAUUGAUCUUUGAUCCGAUUUUUAGUUUAUUGAUGGAAGUUGAAAAAUAUAUCGAAAGGUUUUUAGAUCUGCAUCUUGACCAAUCUUAUGAGGUUCACCAAUUUCGAAAGCAAUUUAGAGAUUAUAGCGAAAGUCCCAUUCAUUCAUUUCAGUCAUCUUCUAAUGAUUUAAAUUCCAAAUCGCAUUCAUCACUAUGCACCCAGUCAGUACAUCGAAUUUUUCUGCCCUCUUUCUUCCUGAUGUGGGUUGAAGAUUUUCUGAUGCAUCAUUUUCACAUUAGGGUUGUGAAUGAGAAGGUUACUUCAGAGAUGGAAUUUAAAAACAAGUUUCCACCCCCACCACCACCACCACCACCACCACCGCCUCCUCUUCCCGUCACCAUUUCAGGUUCAGCUCCUCCUCCUCCUCCGCCUCCUCCGCCUCCCCCUCCUCCUACAGCACCAAGAGCUCCUAUGCCACCACCACCUCCUCCUCCUCCCCCGGUCCAAUCCUUUAGGAGCAAUCAAUCUCUGAAAGAUGAAAACAGUCUCCAAGGACAUUGCACGUUUGCUCUGCCUACUUCAUUGCCCGGCUUACCUACUCCAAGGAUCCGUCUAAACGAGCCUGAUGAAUUAGCCCAAAAGCCCGAAUCAGCUGCUGAACAAGGUAGUGACUGA